CUCUCUCCUCUCACUCGCUUGCUCUGUCUCUGUCUCUCUCUCUCUCUUCCCCCUCCCUCUCUUGCUCUCUCUCCCUUCCCGUCUCUGUGGUUUGUAAGGUAGGUUGCAGUGUGUGUAUAUACACAACAUCAAGAGCAGGAAAAUGGACUCAUUAGGGAGGCAGGCAGUCAUUACCACUCACACUGUACUUCCAGGGAGACACCGAUUAUGAGAAGAGAAACUCAGUGCUGGGGAACAAGGAAGUACUAUGAAGUAGCUGUGGUAUAGUGGCAAGAGCACUGGAUUUCGAAUUAGAGGAUCUGGGUUCAAAUUCUGGAUCUGUCUUCGGUUUCACAGAAAAAAGUGUUAAGAAUUGUUCUUAACCACUUCAGACUCUGGAGAGUGAAGGGAGACUGAGUUAUCUGUUCCACUGGGGACUGUGACUGUCAAAGAAGGAAGGCAGCUUAGAAGCUGCUGUUGCAUCCUGUUUUCUAGCUUUGAUGGCAGGAGAAACACAUGUUCUACUGCCUGAAGUUACAUUUAGAGGCUGAAAUCACUGCACCUUAAAAACAAAAAAGAUUGAGCUCUACUGCAUUCCUGGUGCUUCAACAACAUUUAUUGGUUGUUCUUCACAACGUCCCUCUGCAGAGGCUGGCAUUUUUCCCCCACGUUGUGAGAGAAAGAGAAUUGGCUGGAAUGAAACCUUGCUUUCCAUAUGGUCAACUUGAAAUGCAGCAUUGAAAAGCUCAACAGUCAAUCCUUCGUCUGUCCCUGAAGGGUCUCAUCCUCUCCUCUUCUAUGCAGCCGCUUUCUAUUCCCUGCCCCAAUGAACAUCUGCACUAGGCCCCAGCCUUGGAGUGAUUUACCUGAAGAGUAACGCCAUUUAUCUGAAAACUACUGAAGAAACCCAAGACAGCUGAAAACCAGAAGGCAUCUGAGGAGAAUGAGAUUACUCAGCCGAGUGGAUGCAGCGCCAAGCCAGGCCUUCCCUGCCUGAACUUUGAAGCUGUUCCGUCUCCAGACUCAGACCUCAUCCACUCAACACAUUCACUGACAAACUCACACGCUCACACCGGGUCAUCUGAUUGUGACAUCAGUUGCAAGGGGAUGACCGAGCGCAUUCACAGCAUCAACCUUCACAACUUCAGCAAUUCCGUGCUCGAGACCCUCAACGAGCAGCGCAACCGUGGCCACUUCUGUGACGUGACGGUCCGUAUCCACGGGAGCAUGCUGCGUGCCCACCGUUGCGUGCUGGCCGCUGGCAGCCCCUUCUUCCAGGAUAAGCUAUUGCUGGGCUAUAGUGACAUUGAGAUCCCCUCCGUGGUGUCAGUUCAGUCUGUACAAAAACUCAUCGAUUUCAUGUACAGUGGGGUGCUACGGGUGUCCCAGUCAGAAGCCCUGCAGAUACUCACAGCUGCCAGCAUCCUCCAGAUCAAGACCGUGAUCGAUGAGUGCACACGGAUUGUUUCACAGAACGUUGGUGAUAUCUACCCGGUGAUUCAGGACUCUGGCCAGGAAACACCCAGGGGGACCCCUGAGUCGGGCACCUCAGGGCAGAGCAGUGACACAGAAUCUGGCUACCUACAAAGUCAUUCCCAGCACAGUGUAGACAGGAUCUACUCGGCCCUCUAUGCGUGCUCCAUGCAGAAUGGCAGUGGGGAGCGCUCCUUCUACAGCGGAGCUGUGGUCAGCCAUCAUGAGACGGCCCUUGGGCUGCCCAGAGAUCACCACAUGGAAGACCCCAGCUGGAUCACCCGGAUCCAUGAACGUUCACAACAGAUGGAGCGGUAUCUCUCCACCACUCCAGAGACCACCCACUGCAGAAAGCAGCCACGCCCUGUCCGGAUCCAGACCCUGGUGGGGAACAUUCACAUUAAGCAAGAGAUGGAGGAUGACUAUGACUACUAUGGCCAGCAGAGGGUGCAGAUCCUGGAACGCAAUGAGUCCGAGGAGUGCACGGAAGACACGGAUCAGGCAGAAGGCACCGAGAGCGAGCCCAAGGGGGAGAGCUUUGACUCGGGGGUCAGCUCCUCCAUCGGCACCGAACCUGACUCUGUCGAACAGCAGUUCAUUGCUGGGAUUGGCCGAGAGGGUCAGCCAGAGCCUCCUCAGACCGAGCCAAGUGAUCUCCCCACAGAAGGUAGUCAGCAGCAGCAGCAACCGCAGCAGCAGCAGCAGCAGCAGCAGCUAGAUGCCAACUCCUCUUCCCCAGAGAGGAGCAAUGAUGUGGAGAUGGACAGUACCGUGCUCACGGUUAGCAACAGCACUGAAAAAGGAGUCUUGCAGCCUUCGGUCAACACAUCAAUUGCCCAACCAUUGCCAAGUACCCAGCUCUAUCUACGCCAGACAGAAACCCUCACCAGCAACCUGAGGAUGCCCCUGACCUUGACCAGCAACACACAGGUCAUUGGCACAGCCGGCAACACCUACCUGCCGGCCCUCUUCACUACACAGACCGCAGGCAGUGGCCCCAAGCCUUUCCUCUUCAGCCUGCCCCAGCCCUUAGCAGGCCAGCAGACCCAGUUUGUGACAGUGUCCCAGCCUGGCCUGUCAACUUUUACUGCCCAGCUGCCAGCCCCACAGCCCCUGGCCCCAUCUGCAGGCCACAGCACAGCCAGUGGGCAGGGGGAAAAAAAGCCUUAUGAGUGCACUCUCUGCAACAAGACUUUCACCGCCAAACAGAACUACGUUAAGCACAUGUUCGUACACACAGGUGAGAAGCCCCACCAAUGCAGCAUCUGUUGGCGUUCCUUCUCCUUAAAGGAUUACCUUAUCAAGCACAUGGUGACACACACAGGCGUGAGGGCCUACCAGUGCAGUAUCUGCAACAAGCGCUUCACCCAGAAGAGCUCCCUCAAUGUCCACAUGCGGCUCCACCGAGGGGAGAAGUCCUACGAGUGCUACAUCUGCAAGAAGAAGUUCUCCCACAAGACCCUGCUAGAGCGCCACGUGGCCCUGCACAGUGCCAGCAAUGGCACCCCACCCACUGGCACGGGUCCUGGUGCCAGAGCCGGCCCCACUGGGGUGGUGGCCUGCACGGAGGGGACCACUUACGUCUGCUCCGUCUGCCCAGCGAAGUUUGACCAAAUCGAGCACUUCAACGACCACAUGAGGAUGCAUGUGUCUGAUGGAUAAGUAGUAUCUUUCUCUCUUUCUUAUGAACAAAACAAAACAAAACAAAACAAAAAAAAAGCUAUGGCACUAGAAUUUAAGAAAUGUUUUGGUUUCAUUUUUACUUUUUUUGUUUUUGUUUUUGUUUUUGUUUCGUUUCAUUUUCUACUACAUGAAGAACUGUUUUUUGCCUGCUGGUACAUUACAUUUCCGGAGGCUGGGUGAAUAAUAGUUUUCCCAAUCUCCCUUGGAUGGUGGCCUUAAGGCCCGGUAGUGCUUCAGGAGGUCCACUGGUUGGAUCUCUAGCUACUGGCCUCUAAAUACAACCCUUCUUUACAAAAAAUUUUUUAAAAAAUUAAAAAAAAUUUUUUUUCACUUGUGAAGAGCACUACAAAAAAAAUAUAUAACAAAAUCUAAAAGGCCUACUGUCUUUAAGUACACCGCUUGCAGUGUUUCAGAGGACAUUUUCAUAAUUCUGGCCGUUUGGACUUCACAGUAUCCAGUUAAAACUGUGGAAUAUCACUUCUGGUUUUGAAACCCCAGAGAAAAGGCCCUGCUGGUUUCCACCCACCACAUUGUCUGCUUUCACAAAAGGGCUGUGGGGGUGGGAAGGGAGUGUGGGUUGGGUGGUGUGGGAAUCUCUGCAGGGUGGGAAAGGCUGAUUACAGGCUCUCCUCCUGGAUUCUACUCCAGUCCACGAUCCUUGGCCCUCCUCUUCAUCCCCCCCUUUCAGCAGAAGCCAGGAAGACUUGGACAGCCAACAAGCAACAGUGGCUAUCGUAUUUAUUCUGUGUGUCUUCUUUCGCUGAGCCAGGGCCUCAGCACAAUCAAAAGGGACUUUCAUGAAAGGCAGGAAUACAAAUAAAACAAAGAUAUCAGAGGUUUGCACCUAUGGUUCUAGGUACAAGACAAGGAUUAUUUCCCACAAUCUCUGCAAAAAAAAAAAAAAAAGUUGUGUCAGGAUAUAUUCUUGUGGAAGAGGAAAAGAAAGAAAUGGAGGGAGGGGGAAUAAUAACAGAGUUCUUGAGACUUUUUUAAUUCAAAAUUUUAUAGAGGGGCAAAAGUGACGUUUACCAGAUAGAAUGCUGAUUUUUUUAAUAUAUUUACAACAGUAUUUGUGUAAAAAAGAAAACAAAAAAAAGUGAGAUUGUUAAAAGUAAUUUGGUUUUUUUUUUCAUUUUGGUUUUGCAUACACUGCCACUAAUCCCUUCUCUUUUAUUUCUCAUAUUAUAAAUAUAUAUAGAUAUAUAAUUUUUUUUUGUAAAUCAAGACUGUUAGGGUUUAGCUAAACUGCUUCUGGAUAGAAAGGAAAAAAAGGCAACUAAAGAUAUUUGAAAGAGAGUGAGGAAGGAUUUUUUUUCAUCUUUUUAAAAAAAUUUUUUCUUCAUUUUUAUUAUUUUAAGUAUUGCCUGGGUUGAUGGGGGCCUUUUGUGGUCAGCCACCCCUGCUGUUAUUUGAACUGCUGCUUUUGUAUGUUGAUGUAUAAUUCUCCUUUGACCUAUAGCAAGCUAAAGAUGCUCCACUUUUUGUUUUGUUUUGUUUCCAAUUGUUCCAUCUUGAAUUCUUUUCCUUUCUGGGAAGGGAGUUUAUUCAUUCAGAAAGACUUCUCCAAAAGUUCAUUGAGAUUUUGUCAUUCUAAAGUUUCUAGUUAUUUUUCCUCUUUUCCUUUAUUAGAUUCAGAUGGUUUGGAGGGCUUGACCAUUAGAAAUUUCCUCUUUUCCUUUUUUUUUUUUUUUUUGGUGGUCAUCUGGGAGGAGUUCACAGUCUUCUCCUAUCUCAUCCCUUUUCCAGAGAUCUCAUCCCUCUCAAGAGGUAGCUCAUGAAGGCAUCAUUGGAAGAACCCAAUCCCACACUAAGAAGCAUCAAUGCCAAAAUGACCUUUCUCUCUUCUAAAUGUCGCUGUUUCAUUAUUCCCACUGAUCCAGGCUGUCAAACAAAAAAGAUCCCAAUCUAAAUGGUGUUGUCUUUCCUUAGACCCUGUUCUUUCCCAGUAAUCCAGGAAGGCUGUGGAAACUUUCUCCAUCCCCUGUGCUGAAUGAUUUGCAUUCAGCUACAGAGCACCAUAUACCACUUUUUACUUCUAGCUAGGAUUUCUCUCCUCUCUGCUUACAGAAAUUAUGUGGUAGAGGUUUCUCAUUUGUGAAGUGUUAUCAUGAAGGAAUUCCAAUUCAAGCAGAGUAAUCCUUAAACCAAACUGAAACUUUCAAGUGGUUCCAUUGCUGGGAGUGAUGUAGCAUCUGUUAAGGAGAAGUAGGUUUUUAGGCAAAGCAGAAGCACCAAACCAAAUUAUACAGAGACAGUUAAGAGAACCUUCAUAAAGCCUAACAGUUUUAAAGCCUCUUUGUAUUUUCAUUCAGCUUCCCUUCAAGUUUUCAUGCCCAAAUAUUUUAUUUACAAAAAUUCUGUGGCCUACCAGAAAAAAAAAUCUUCUAAAUGGCAUCUCUAUAAUGACUAAAUUAAUUUUACUUAUACAUUUUUAACAUUUGGUACCCUGGAUGUUUCCCCAAAAGGUGUUUCUUGAAGCAACUGCAGUAUGAAUGACAUCUGUUCCAACUCUGCAGUCUUUAUAAAUUUAGUGGGCAGUUUGCUUAAGGUAUGACUAUAGACUUGGGUCCCCAAUGGUCUUUAUAAGGAUCCAGUUCAUCUCAACUUCUCAGAGGACCACUGUCAAAUACGUGUACAUUUCACUUUAUUUAAAUAAUAAUAGAAUGCUGCCUUGGACUUUUUGGAUAGGAAAUGUCUCUAAUCAAUGAUGAAAAAUGUUGUUAUUACACAUAACCCUUUAUGUUUUUUGCUUACUGCCAAUAGAGGGAAGAGAAGUUAAUUAAUCAAUUAUGUUUCUGAAAUUAUGUUGAUAUCUAGAAAAAUCAUUUAGCCCAUGAGAUUAAAAGAAAGACUGACAAAUUAAGAAAGUACAGGACCUUUGAAGAGAAGGGGCCAUGAAGUAAGUUACUUAGCACAGGUUAUAAACAAAAUAUGCAAAAGGGUCUCUAAACAUUUGCAUGGUAUUUGAUGACAGCACAAUGAUGAAUAUAGAAACAACAUUCUCUCCUGUAGAGCUGAUCUAUGGGGUAGUUUCAGGCCAUGAUUCAACCUUCAGCUUCCCAAAUUUAAAGAAAACCCAACAGACAAGACUAAUUUGCCAUACUGCAAAGCCAAGCAGAUAGUUCAAAAUACACCUAGAAUUUCUUCUCAGGCUUGAAGUCCCAAAUGUUCAGCCUUCCCUGUCUCUUAUUUUAAAAAAGGAAUAGACUAGAAGGUGCCCUUGGAGUUCUCAGUGGGCUGAUACCACAUAGGGCACAGCCCUUUAGUGGAUCAGGUGGUAGGUAAGAGGCAGUACACCAUCUUUAUACCUCUGCUGAUGUAGGUUUCUAAUAAAUGUCUUCUCCAGAACUUCUCCUAUCCUACAAUAAUCAAUGCCCUCUCCAUGAAAGAGGGAACAUAUAUUUGAACAGCAGAUCUUUGUUUGUCGGGAAGAUAGAGGAUGCUUUGGGUACAGAACCUUACUGCACCAGUCUCUUAAAUAAGCUGCCUCCUGAAUGGAUUCAGAUUAUAAAAAACAAAGGCAAAGAGCCUCAUGAGGAAAGGCUUUUUAGUUCUUUAAUUUCAUUCCAAACAACUAAUCCUCUUGUCUUAGUGCUUCAUGUCCAUCUGUGGACAUGUCCACCUGUGGACUAUGAAGUAUUAAGAACCUUUUCUCUCUCUCUCUCUCUCUCUCUCUCUCUCUCUCUCUCUCUCUCUCUCUCUCUCUCUCUCUCUCUCUCUCAGCCACUAAAAUCAAGAACUUACCUGGGACUGAAUCCCAUAGGUUAAGGUUCCCUUUGAUCAAGUUCAGAAAGCCAGACCCUAUAUGGGAAGAAAAAACACACUUUCUUUUUCUCUUUUCUUUUCCUUUUUUUUUAAUGAUUGAAUCUGGCAAUAGCUAAAUUCACCCAGCAAGAAAAAGGUGAUAGAUGCAUUUUAUAAAGAUUAAUACUUCUAAACUCUACAAAGCUGGCCCAUCAAAAUAACAUUGGAUCAUUUCCUUUACAAAUCAUUGCUAAUACUUAGAUGAACACUCUCCAAAUAGUCCAAAAUGUGUAAUCCAAACAUGUAUAGGAGUCUUUUUGCUAGGAAAGAGAACUUGAAACAGAAUUUGGGGGGGGGGGGCGCAAUGGGGGUUAAGUGACUUGCCCAGGGUCACACAGCUAGUAAGUGUCAAGUGUCUGAGGCUGGAUUUGAACCCAGGUAUUCCUGACUCCAGGGCCAGUGCUUUAUCCACUGGGCCACCUAGCCGCCCCUUGAAACAGAAUUUAAUACAAAUCUAUAGAUGAGGAAGAAUUUAUGGAAUGAACCUAAAGGCACCUUAAGUAGAAUUAAAUGCCUAUUGAAAUGACUACUUAUUUUUUUUCCUAUUUAUUUUAACUAAAUUUAAAACUUUAAGUCCUAUAAGUUCUUUCCUUCUUCAACAUAGCCUCUUAAGUGUACAUACUGGUAUACAUGCAACUGAAAGACCAUCUUUUCCCUCUCUCCCCAUGUUAGUACCAUAGCAGCUCCUGUUCUAGAAGAUUUGGUGCUUGAAUGAUUGGCAUAGUUUAAAAGUUACCCUUGUUUUAUUUCAUAUUGCCUCUGUGCUCCUUGAGGGCAAAGAAUAAGCCCUUCCCUAGACAGUGGAAAUAUGGUAAUGCCCUCAGAAAUCUUGGAUAGGCCCAUACUUGAGUUUUACAUACCAAUGCCUCUAUCUAUUUGCACUACAAUCUGACAGGCCUCUCCUACCAAGUGCCCUCAGCUCCCCCUACUCCAUCCCCACUAUCUGUGGUCUCCCUUCUCGGAGCAGAAAUGAAGCCUGCCCCAUCCUUAACAAAUUCCUUCAUAUUACUGAGUAGCCAUGGUCAAGGUGGCUAUUUGCUGAAGGCUUCUUCAUAAUGUUCCCAACCCCUGCUUUAGGAAAGAAGGAUUCUCAGCCCAGGAUUUCUAUCUAGGUGAUCACUGCCUGCCCAGGUCUUCCUCUUCACUAUUUUAAAGAUUAUAAAGAUGGAAUUCUGCAGAGAAGGUACCCAAUCACCUUGCUACAUAUACCCAAAGCAGAUAGCAACAAAACAAUGUUGCACCAGCUUUUUGUACAGGAGUCCAUUUGGAACGUGAUGAGAUUAUGGAGACCAAAGGAGGCCUUGCCUCUGUAGGCGACCUGGAUCAUAAGAGAAAUUUUGUAAUAGAUUUUUUAAAGUUAGCAACAAGUUGAGAGAUUGUGGGGGGUGGGGGGGAAUGGAAGAGGGAUUAAAGAUGUCUCAAAAUGUGGCCAACAUCCAGAAAUAAUUCAACUUUUUAUUCUAUAGAGACUAAAAAGAAAGAAAAAACCUUUACAGAAAGAACUGGAAAGUUUGGCAGAAAGUCCUUAAAAAGAUAUCUUGGCAUUUCCAGAUGUAAUGGAUUUUUAUUAGUUGACUUCUGGCUCUGAAAAGCCACAUUACUCACCUGAAAAGUAUUGCACUUAAAAGAAAUGGGGGAGGGGGAGGGAGAGGAGGGUAAGGCAGAGGAACAGACCCAGAACACACACACUGAGAUGGAACUUUAAAGAGAACGGUAAAGAAAUUCAAGGUAGACCUAAUCUCCAAAGUUCUGAACUGGUCCUCCAAAUUUACCAUAUUGCAGCAUGAAGUCCUAUAUGGAUCCUAGGCAUCUCUCUGGAAACAUAACCGCCUCCCCCUUCCUUUCUUCGUUUUCUUUAAAGAAAAGGGCUGUUUUUCCCUAGUUCCCAGGAAAACAGGUUUUUUUGGUGCAAGCUUUCAAAAGCCAAUCUCCACCCUGGUGCUUAGGCAAGAAAGAGAAUAUUAUCCUGGCUGGGAAUAGCACUGCUCAAGAGAUCAGGGCAUGUUGAGAUUCCCAAGUAUAAAUGUGCCAGUUUUGACAUUGCCUAUAUAUCCAUAAGAAAGUCAAAGCUUUAGCAACUCAGUGUUCAUGCAAACACUGUCUAUUAAAAAAAAAAUUACCUACCUAAAGCAUGGUUUCUAAUCACUGGAUGGUUUAUAAAAAUGAGUUUGUUUUUAGGAUCUCAAAAGAAUUGUUUUAGUUUGAAAUUGAACAUCAUAUCCAUUUCUAGAAGUCAGAUUGUGUCUGUCUACCAUGGGCAACAGCAGGUCCUAGAGCUUGGGUUUUUAUAGUGGAUUACUUUGUUUUUGUCCAUCUGUCAUGGUAAGCAGGGCCAUUGCCAAUGAUUUCAUUAUGAGGACUGUGCCUUCCUGAGUGUGAGAUCACUUCUUGUUCAGAUGGAGAAAUAGCAUAGCACUGGAUUGAACUAAAUAGAACUAUAGCCCUCACCAAUCAAAUGUUCUUCCAUUCCAACAGUUUCUUUAGUAUCCCCGAGUUGUUAUAGAAAAUAGCUAUUUUGAUUCCAAAACCCUAGUUGAAGUGACUUUAAUUAGAAUGUCUUCUCAAAAAAACCGACACAGCAUAGGGUUAGUUGCCUUAAGCCAGAAAGUCCUGGGACAGGGAACUGAAGAUAAAAGUUGGGAGAUGUUUGGGGUGAGGUCAAAGAAGGGAGGGAGCAUCUUCUUCUUUGCAAUCUUUCAUUAUUAUAAAAUACCAUUUUUCUGGAGCAUAAGAUUGAUGGGGAAGCCUAGAGGGGAAAGAAAUGCAAAGAAGAGGCAAAAAACUGCUGAGGUCAUCAAGCCGACAGAAAGUAAUUGUUAUCACUCUGGAGAAGCUGCUUUGGGAAAGAGUUCAUCUUGGCUGUGUCAGUGAUGAUAGCGCAGGUUCAAGGUAGGAAAAAAGUCUGGUUGGUGGUCUGAAUAUUGGUUCUUUAUAAGGAUUGGAUAACGUUCUCUCUGUCCUAUGUCAGGACAGGUUCAAGGUAGAAAAAGUCCAGCAGUUGGUGUGAAUAGCAUCUUUCUAUAAAACAAACAUCAAAGAUGUCUCUUAGUAGCCAACUUCGGUCAGUGUUUCCUUUAAAAAACAAAAACAAAAACCAAAAAACAUCUCCACAGAAAGCGGCAAUGUCCCACUCAGCACAUACUUUUGAACAUUCUACCCUCAAACUUUAGUCUGUGACUGUUUUAAAAACAAAACCCCAUCACUCUGAAAUCAGUAAUGGCAUGGCAUGAGCUGCAGGCCCUAAGUAAAAGAUGAGGGAUCUCAUCCUCUGCUGUAGAUCAAGCCUGGUGUUAGUGAGUAUUCACCCCAAUGAGGCUAUAAAAGUCCCUAACAACCUUAUUUCAGAUUUAGAGGCUUCCUUUGUUCAAAAAUGUUCCACAAAGACCCUAAAUCUGUUGAACACACAGAGUAAAUGACCCAAAUAUAAGUCCUAUACAAUUUUAAAGCUCUAAAAGAUUUUAGAAAGCACCUAGUCCAACCCCAUCAUUUUACAGACAAACUAGGGCUUUUAGAGGGAAGAUGACUUGCCCAAGGUCACAUAUCUAGUUAGUCUAUUAGAGCCAAGGCCUAAACUUGGACCUCCUGACUCCCCAGUUCAUAUCUCUCUCUUCCUGUUGGAAUAAGAAUUCAUUAUUGCCCAAGAAAAAAAUUGUACUUCGUGUGCAGAUUCUAAUGAAAAGAAAGAUUUCACCCACUCCAAAAUGUCACAACUGCUAUCAAGGAAUGUUUAUAAUCGAGUGUACCUGGUACAUUUACCCUACUUUUGUAUGGUGCUUUUAAACUGUAUUCCACUUUCCUCUUCCUUAGUAACAACCAAACAUACUCUGAAAUCUCUAGUUAUGAGGCAAAGGUCUCACAGAUAUAAGAAUGCUUCUGCUCAUUUGCCUUAGCUAGUAGCAACAGUGCCGUCCAAUGUCCCUGAUGAUGCUUUGUGGUACUUGGAAGAAGCCCAAACCAUGGCAAGUAUAUAGUACAGUUAUAUGUAUCUUGAUCAUAACGAACUUGAAUGUCUUCAUGUGAAGUAUUUCGAUGCACUUCACUGAAAUCAUACACUUCCCCCAGGGUCUUUCUCUCUCCCCACAUGUAUGCGUGUGUACACUGGUCAUCUGUGUAUUUGUGUGCACAUUUUGUGGUACACACCAAGGCACAAGCCUAGAUGCUCCAGAAUGGUUGCAGUGCCCCUUCAGGGGUAGGGAGCCCCCUCAGGCUUCCAGAACUGCUCUGCUCAUCUCACACACACACCACACACUGUUUCACCAGCUUGUGAAUAUUUGUGCUGUCGGCCUUUCCGAGGAAACAACAAUCACCUGCUUCUUCUGUUGGCUUUUGUAAAGCUGUGGGAGAUGGGAGAAACAAAGGCAGCUUGUUGGAGCCACAGAAAACCCACAGUAACAGGCUGUUUCCUUCAGGGGAAAGUAGAACAGAAGUAUUAAGUUGGCAGACCAGCAAGGAGUGAGCAGCCCUAAAGAGCACACCAUCUCUACAAGAGUGAAAGGGAGCACUGGGCAGAGAAGGCUCAUGACACGUGGGCCCAAGCCACCCUAUGUCUAAAAUAUGCCCUAUCCUUUUCCUCUGUGCACACAUGUGCAUACACACAGACAUACAUCAUCUUCCCAGACAAAAACCUACUGAUGAUGCCUCCUGCAUCUGCAAUGAAUUUCAGUAAUCCACAAGCUGUGUCUCCUGAAACUGGUGUGGCCUCUGCCAAAGUCUUUCCAGGAGUGAGUUGUCGACUAUGUCUAAUAGACCACUGAACUGUCAGGGAGAACAGUUUUGUUAUCUCUGAGAGUAGUAUACAUGGAUAGCUCAUGCAUAUUUCCAUCUUUAAAAUAGGAUGCCAUCCUGGCUUGUCACAUUGUACAGUCUUGGGUAGUUGACUUUGAAAGCAUGUGACGUGGAAGCAGUAGGUACCGAUUUCUCACUCCUGUGUUCUUCACUUACUAGAUAGUUUAUUUUUAUUACAUGUAGAUUAUUCUUUGUUUUACAGAAUCCAGAGAGUGUUUUCUUUCCUCUUUUUUUGGGGGGGGGGGGUGACUCUUCUCCUUUCUCAUUAAAUAAGGCUACAUAUGGUUGCAGCUUUUUGUUGUUCUUAAAAUGUAUAUUGUCUUUCUAUAUCCAGAAGAAGUCUGUGACUGUAACCAUAGGUAUUUCUUUUUACUGGAAAAAAUAUAACAGAGAUUUUUUUAAUUAUUAUUAACAGUACUAGUGACUUUGUGGAAGAUGAGUUACUAUUUAGCUAUGCUUACUUAAGUACAGUACACUACAUUGCAGUAUUUCUGAAACCUAGAACAUACACAUUAUAUAUAACAACUCUAUAUCAAAAUAUAUAUAUUACAGUAUAUUCAUUUUAACUUUUGAAUAUGCCUAUGAUCAUGAGUUGAUAGACGAACACUUCUUUGCAUUUAUCAUUCAUCACCAACCUGCUGCAGUUAAUUUGGUGCAUUUAAUAAUUGUUACUGGCUCUAGUUUGGUUUUUUUAUAUUAUUAUCAGCUUCAGUAUUGUCUAUACAGGAUUGUAGAUUUUUUAAGAUCAGAAUUUUAGCAAAACAUAGGAAAGUGAAAACUUUUUUUGGAAACAUAGUAUUAGGCUAAUACCGAAGAGGAUCAUGUUCAUGAAAGAUCCUGUUGAGCUGACCCCUCUCAGUUUCUGAAGAACAAAAGAAGUGUAUGUGUGUGUGUGUGUGUGUUUGUAUGUUGUGUGUGUGAAAUAUCUGUGAUCUCACCUCUCUUUCAUGUCCAUUUAUUUUCCUUAAAAAUUCUAAUCAAGAAACUAGUUACUCAUUACAUAAUCUAACCAACAAGAGCUAUUCCAUUAAAAACUGUUUUCAAAAGACCUCUGUUUUAUGAAGUAUAAAGUCAGUUACAUUAUCCCAUUUAUAUUUGCAAACAUUCACUGUGAUAAUGGUUCUUUAAGGGGUUGCAUUUUCAGAAGCUCAUAGUCAUUUUAAGUAACUAUUCCUCACAAUCUCCCCCCUUGAGGUAGGUACAGCAAUCUGAAUUCCAAUCUGCUGAAAGAAACACUGAAGCAAGGGGUUUUAAAUGACUUUUCCAAACUUACAGGUAGAGAUAGAAUUGACUGGUACUCCAGUUAGCAUAGUAUGUUUCUUUAGCCAAUGAAAUCCAUAAACUCGUUGGCUGUGGUAGAACCUGGCCCACAAUUUCCCUUUGCAAUUUGACAGGUGAGAUUUUGCUGCCUUUCAUCAUAUAUUAGAGAAUACUAAAACUGGAUCGGAUUCAGAAAUCACAUAUUUCCAUGUUCCUGUCCAAACAGAGAGGGUUUGCUUCAAGAUUUCUACAUCCCCCCCCCCAAAAAUAAUCCCGGUGAUCACUCCCUGAGAAACCAAGUGGAGUGUCUAACAAUUUUCAUUGUCAGAAAAAUCUUGUGUCUAUAAUCAGGUCCCAUGUGAUGUCAAUUAAUAUCAUUUUCUCCUGCUUUAUCUUCACUGUGGCAAUGAAAUUAGCUGGGUUAUAUACCUGUAAAGUUCCCUCAGCCUCCCCCUCCUUUUGAAAGAAUAACCCCAGUUCUUUCCUCUUUCCAGACAGUUUUUUAAUUUUUAAUAUCACUUUGUGGCUCUUCUCAAAGCUAUCUUCAUCCCCCCUUCAAUCCCACCGAAUUUUGAAACCUUUUAUGGUUAGGGAGGUAUAAGUACUGAGGACAAUGACAGAAUUCCAAAUCUGUUUCACCUUUUUUUUCUUAUUGUUACUUCCUUAAUUUAUGCCUGCGGUCUCUAGGAAUGAUUUACCUUUCCUAGACUGUCCUUCAGCAGAAAAAAAAAAACCAAUCCUAAUUCUGAUGAAGUAUCAAUCAAUCCAUAACCCUAAAUGUUUUUUCCUCUACUCCUGUCUCAUUUGUACCCA